CAUCGCAACCCCCCCGGUCUCGCCAUUGCGUCCUUGUGGGACCGCCAUUGUCUGCCCAUCCCUGAGACCUCCACCAACCACCCGAGCUUCGACCACUGCGCAGUCUCCUACCUCUGGCCUCACAAUUCGCGACAGAGUCAUUCCCUCCUUGCGCAGCUCUUGAGCCGGCUCAGAGCAGUCAUUCGAGUCAACUUGUGUACCCGAUUUUAAGUCGGUCCGACAAGGACCCCAAUCGGCACCAUGUCGACCGACUUGACGGGAGAGCAGAUGCAGGCUAAGAUCACAGCUGCAAGAAGGGAAGCCGAAGGCCUAAAAGACAGGAUCAAGCGCAAGAAGGAUGAUCUGGCUGAUACAAGUUUGCGACAAGUCGCUCUAAAUAACACCGAAGCUCUCCCCCGGAUAGGCAUGAAGCCGCGAAGAAACCUCAAGGGUCAUUUAGCAAAGAUCUAUGCUAUGCAUUGGUCAACGGAUAGACGGCAUCUGGUCUCUGCAUCACAAGAUGGAAAGUUGAUUAUCUGGGACGCCUAUACCACCAACAAAGUACAUGCCAUUCCUCUCCGUUCUUCCUGGGUCAUGACCUGCGCAUAUGCACCCAGCGGAAACUAUGUUGCUUGCGGUGGUCUCGAUAACAUCUGCUCAAUUUACAAUCUUUCAACAAGAGAAGGCCCGACACGUGUUGCCCGCGAACUCUCAGGGCACUCUGGAUACCUGUCCUGUUGUCGUUUUGUCAACGAUCGAAAAAUCAUUACCUCAUCUGGCGAUAUGACCUGUAUGAUGUGGGAUAUUGAGACUGGCUCCAAAGUGACCGAAUUUGCCGAUCAUUUGGGCGAUGUGAUGAGCAUCAGUAUAAAUCCAACCAAUGCGAACGUAUUUGUGUCUGGUGCAUGCGAUGCUUUCGCGAAGCUGUGGGAUGUUCGCACUGGAAAGGCAGUGCAAACUUUCGCCGGCCACGAGUCCGACAUCAAUGCGAUCCAAUUCUUCCCGGAUGGAAAUGCGUUUGGAACCGGUUCCGACGAUGCUUCUUGCAGGCUGUUCGAUAUCAGAGCCGAUCGAGAACUGAUGUCUUAUCAGAAUGAACAAGUGCUUUGCGGCAUUACCUCCGUUGCUUUCUCCGUCUCGGGCCGCUUGCUGUUCGCAGGCUAUGACGAUUUCGAAUGCAAGGUCUGGGACACUCUCCGUGGUGAUAAAGUUGGAUCCCUUAACGGCCAUGAAAACCGAGUCAGUUGUCUUGGUGUCAGCAAUGAUGGCAUUAGUUUAUGCACUGGAUCCUGGGAUUCACUGCUCAAAAUCUGGGCCUGGUAGAGGAGUUUGAGGAGAUCCGAUAUAAUAUGUGCCAUUGGGGGCAACCAUGUUCAAACAACUUCGAGAGCUCGAUUAUCAACACCAUCAACAACCUUCCAACUCAGACUGUUUCUGCUGACACGAGGCGAGCAACGACUUUACGUGACUGGCUGGCUCUGCGCAAACCU